AUGUCUCUUGAGUGCUUGGCGUACCGACAGAUCCUCAAGCAGCUGGGGAGGGUGUCGUUGCGGUACAAGGAGCCAAGCCAUGUGUGCUUCACCGUGUUUGGGGUCAUGCUGCGCAUGGAUGACUUUGCCGCGGCCGGGUACGGCAACACACCACGGCGGGUGGUGCGAUCGGCGUUUUCCCGUCCAAGCAUCACUGGGCUCGCCAGCGAUGCACCUGCGGCGCGCCUGUCAGCCGCGUUUGAUAUCCUGCGGCGACUCAAUGAUGCCCUGGCGUCGAACGGAAUGGCGAGAGCGCAGGUGGAGGGGCAAACUGCCGCCGCCUCGCCGCCUCACUCCUCUGCGAGGGCGUUGCAGACUGAAAAGCCCACGGGAGCGCAAGGCAAAGGUGGUGGGCCCGAAAAAGGCGGCGCCGUCUUGCACGACCCCGCGCAUGAGGGAGGCGAGGACGACGUCGUCACUAUCGCCAAUGGAACCAUUUUUAUUGAGGGCUCUGUGAGCCGCAAAGUGCGAAAAAUAUCGCGUCAUGUCGUGUUUUGCAUGGUUUUGGACCGUCUCCCCUUAUAUCGUUUUUUGAUACCGCCCGAGCCGUUAUACACGAGAAACAUGCGUACAAGCUUCAGGUUUCCGAUGAUAGUGGAUGCCUUGCUCGUUAUGGCUGCGUCGUCAAACAUGUCGGGCAAUGUUCCCGUCGUGAUGCAGAACGACGUGAAGACGGCGGAGGAGUACCAGGCGAUGUGCGCCUCCAUUCCCACACGCACCGUCACCGUGUCUGAUCACGUGGAGGUGGAGCUGCGGACAGAGUACGUUUGCUCCAGAGUCCCCGACGACGAUGCCCCGGAUGCCGCCGAUGAUGGGGAGAUGCGGGAAUCCCUUCCACGGAGUAGCGGCAGGAGCGCCACUACUGCGCCAAGGGAGUACAUUUUUCGUUACGUUGUGUUUAUUCGAAACUAUGGGUCCUCGCGAAACACAAAAAAGUGGCACGUGCAGCUGCUCUCGCGUCACUGGGUCGUCUUUGAUGAGGAUAUGGGGCAAGUCACGGAGGUGAUUGGUCCGGGUGUGGCGGGCAACUUUCCCCUUUUGGCGCCUGGAGAGUCUCACACGUAUGAGAGCGGCGUCAGCUUGUGUGGCACCUCCGGCGUGGUGCGUGGCACCUUUCAGAUGAACGCCUACAACGAAGAUGGCGAGGCGUGCUGCAUUGACGUGCAAAUUGGGCCGACGCGCCUCAGUGCAACGGGGAACGCGUAA